AAUCUUUCCACAGGGGGGCCCUGUUCCACCGGCAGCCCCGCCCCAGCUCCUCCUUCCAUAACUCAGUACAAGCAGCUUCUCCCCAGAGUCUUUCCAUAGGGGGGAGCUGUUCCACCUGCAGCCAUGCCCCAGAUCUUUACAUCUGCAUACUAGCUCCUUCAACAGCUUUCUUUCUGUCCGCCCUGCUCGUCCCCCUGCAGCUCUCAGCUCUUCCUCAAAAGUCCCCCUGCUCCCACAGCAGCUGCUCCUCCCCAAGCUCCUCCCCCAGCACGUUCCCACGCCCCGCCGUGCUCCACCCUGCCACUACCACAGCCGCGCCUUCAUCUCCUCCCCAGCUCUUGUGCGCAGCUCUGCCCCAGCUCCUCUGUCAGCUUUUCCCACAGCUCUGCACUAGCUUCCCCCACCCUCUUUCUCACAAGCCGCCUUCUUCUGCACAGCUGCUCUCCCAGCUCUUUCCACUGCCCUGCCCUGCUCCUCACCCCGAGGGUCUCAGCUCUUCCUCAUAAGUCCCCCUGCUCCUGCAGCAGCUGCUCCUCCACAAGCUAUUCCCCCGGCACGUUCCCACGCCCCAUCCGGGGCCUCUUGCCCCACUCCCCUCUGCUCUCAGCCCCGCCCCCGCUGCUCUCUCGGCCCCGCCUCCCGCCAUUCUCUCACCCCACUUCCUGCUGCUCUCAGCUCCACCCCCUACCGCUCUCCGACCCCCGCAGCUCUCAGCUCCGCGCCCCGCAGUGCUCUCGGCUCUGUUCUACAGCCUCUGCCCGCCAUUUUCUCACAGUUGAGCCUGUUCCUUCCUCAGUUCCCCCAGGUCUUCACGCGGUCCCGCGCUGCUCCUCCCGUGGCUCCACCUCCUGCCCGCAGCCCCGCCCCAGCGGUCUGGCAGGACGUCGCCAUCCCGCCCCUUCCUCUUCCUCUCCUGCUUCCUUCCCUCCAGAAGCAACUCCUCAGGGCCGCCGGUCUCCACCCCCUGGCCCUGGCCUAACCUACCUGCGCGCCUCAGGCCCCAGUGCGUGCAACAGCGUCUCCUAGCGACCAGUGCGUACGCAAGUGCGUGAGGACGUAGUGCGCGGCUGCCUACGUGCGCGGAUAUGUGAAGAAUCUGAGACAAAUAGAAGAGUGUUUCCUCCUCAGGCCACAAAGCAGCUGUCCCUGUCAUAGUCCGUGAGCUCUCUGAGCAUUCUAUCAGGUGGAUCUGAGUCACCAAAAUCCCAGCCUUCCCAGUCCCAGUCUUCGCUUGGGCCUGCUGUGCUGACAGAUGGAUGCAGUAAACCAUUGAGACCACCAAGGCCCAGAGAGCUUGCAGAAGAUGAAGAUCUGUUGCCUCUCCUUCCGGCAGCCUUAUGCUGGCUUUGUCUUAAACGGGGUCAAGACCUUGGAAACACGUUGGCGUCCCCUGCUGGGCAGCCACCAGAACCAUACCAUCGCCAUCCACAUUGCUCACAGGGACUGGGAAGAUGACACCUGGUGGGAGCUGCUGCAGGGGAGGCUCGGGAUGACGCCCGCUCAGAUUCAGGCCUUACUUCGGGAAGGGGAAAAGUUUGGCCGAGGAGUGGUAGCUGGGCUCAUUGACAUUGGGGAAACUUUGGAGUGUCCUGAAAACUUAGCUCCUGAGGAGGUUGUGGAACUGGAAAAGCAAGCUGUCCUGACCAACCUGCAGCAGAAGUACCUGACUGUGAUUUCCAACCCCAGGUGGUUACUGGAGCCCUUACCUAGCAAAGGCGGAAAGGAUAUAUUCCAGGUUGACAUCCCAGAGCACUUGAUCCCUUUGGGACAGAAGGUGUGACGUGUGUGGGCUCCUGAGAGGAAUGUAGCUGAGAAACCAGCUAUAUCAUGGCACCGUUGAUUCGCCAUCUUGGCUCACGUACAUGUAGAUCAGGUUAAGUGUGAAUUACCCCUGCAUUGUAGCGUGCUUCCCACUACAUGAGGUUCACAGAAACGGGUUUCUGUGCUUACAAGAAGGGAAUAGUGGGUGUUGCUGGUCAUUUUGUUCCUGCUAAUGUAGAUUGUAGAAAUAAAUGUGUCAAACAUAA